AUGUCGGAGGAGCCCUACUAUGGCCCCAACGCCUCGCCAAAAGACAUUCUCCUAGAGCGGACAUUCGUGGCUGGUGACCUGCUGACUGGCAUUGGCUAUGGCAUCCAGCUUGUUCUCUUCACCAGUUGUGCCACCUAUCUCUGGGGCCAAAUCCGAUCCUCCUCUCGCAAUAAAAGCUCGAAAAGAACACCCGUCCUCCUUCUCUCGUAUAUGGCACUGCUCUUGAUAGUGGAAACUAUCUAUGUGGCAGUUCAAGCGAGGACAGUCCAGGAUAUCUAUGUCGAUAAUCGCAACUAUCCUGGAGGCCCUUGGAAGUACUUCCUUGCAACUCAAAACAAGGCUAUCAAUGUGAUCUUCUACGCUACACUUUUCAUCGUUACUUUCUUGGCGGACUUACUGGUGCUCUGGCGGUGCUGGGUCAUCUGGCGAGCAGGAGGAGCCACCGCCCCUGCCAACCUUGCUAUCGCCGUUCCGAUCUUGCUGCUAAUCGCCUCUUUUGUCAUGGGUACACUAUGGACUCUACAAUCGAGCCAGCCCGGCCUCUCCCUCUACUCUGCACUUCCCAAGGCAUACGGCCAAUCAUACUUUUUCAUCUCUCUCGGGUUCAACAUCAUCAUCACAAUCCUUAUUGUUUCUCGGCUGAUGAUGUACCGUCGCACGGCGCUAAAAAGCUUACCUGAAGGGCAUGGUAAGGAGUACUAUGGUCUGGUGACCGUGGUGGUGGAGAGCGCGGCAGUGUAUUCGAUCUUUGCGGUCUUGUUCCUCAUCACUUACACGAUCGACCAUCCCAUCAAUCAAGUCUGUUUGAGUUUUGCUUCUUCCGCCCAGCAAAUUGCAGGCUAUUGGAUCAUCUAUCGUAUCGCCAAAGGGAGAGCCUGGACACAACGUACACUCGCUCACAAUGCGACCAGUGGCGGGGCUCCUCGCAUCCAGAGGUCGAGCAUGUUUGCUACGGGCACGAAUAUCGACUUUUGCGUCGCAACCCAGCAGGAGUCAAUGGUGCAUAUCAGUCAUAACUCUAUUGCUGCCCCACCGAAUGAGGUGGUGGUGACUGAGAAGAAAGGACCCAAUGCACUCCUUCCCUGA